AAAAGAAGGUAUAUAAGAUAAAAAAGAUUAGGAAGUAAAAAUAUAUUAGAAUUUGAAUAAUGAAGCAUUUAUAACCUCAAGAGAAGACUAAAGGCGAUCAACCGGUGGAAAUAAACCCUGUAUUUUUUUGAGGAAUGUUAACAAGUAUCACAUAAACAUGACUACACCUGUAUUAACAAAAAAGCAGCAGAGGCACAGCUUAUCAGCUAAAACAGGGCCUAUCAGGGGUUUGCGGAAUAUUUUGGCACAACCUACUAAGAAUUUCUGGCCAAUUAUCAAUGUAGAUCAAUAUCCGGAGUUGAUGACAAACUUAAAUACGAUAUUACCAUCAAUAAAGAAAUCUAAUUGUAAAAUCCCUAAGGAUAUGCUUAAAAACCUAACAAAAAAAGAUCGUGCAUUAGCUAGGAAAAAAAUGUUAGAAGAGACACCUCCAAAACCAGAUAUAUUGAAAUUCAUGGUUAUGGGUAAUAAUGAAGUUACUCGAGCCUUAGAAAAGAAUAAUGUAUGUAGCAUCUUAUUAGAUGCUAAUACUGACCCUCUUAUACUAAUAAAACAUAUUAUUUCUAUGGCAGUAAACAAAAAAAUACCUAUUCUAAUGCUGCCCAUGUUGAGAACAGUCACAAAAGAAAAGGGAUUUCCCUCAAGAGUUCUUGCUUUAAAGCAAGAGGUAAUGCAAUGUCCAAAUAAUGUUUGCUAUCCAAUAUACAAAUCGAUAGCAGAGGCUUUUAAAGACUUUGAAUUACCAGAAUGCUUGCUUCAAUGUUAUAAACCAGAUGAAGUACCUGAUAAAAGUGCAAUGUGUAAAGCAGAGAGGAUCACAGAAAAGGAUUCUGAUACAAAGCCAAAUAUUUCUAAGCCAAAAAAAUCUGUUGCAGUAUUUGCAGAUGUAUAUAAAUACAGAUCUUCACGAGACGAAAGAGUUUUCGUACCACCAACAAUCAACAAAAUUUCUCAAGUCUCUCAAACACUAUCAGAUAACUUUAUUCCUUCAGACAGUGAUUUUGAUACUGUCAAUGAUAAAAAUUGUACAAUUAUAUCGAAGAAUGAGAAAUAUGUUAAUAUCGGCAAGGAAGAAAAAUAUUUAUUAACAUCCGGAAAUACAGAAGAGAAUCAGUCUUUUAAUGAAUUGAAAUUAAUAAAAAAUAAAGUAGAUUCAACGAAACAAACAAACAUAUUAAGUUCUCAAAUCUCUAAAAAAUCAGAUGAUUUUAUUCCUUUAAGCAGUGAUCUUGAUUUUGUCAUCGAGAAAAAUUGUGCAAGUACAUCGAAGAAUGAGAGAUAUGUAAAUAUCGGCAAGGAAAAGAAACGUACACUAAAAUCUAAAAAUACAGAUGAGAAUAAUCUAAAAUAUAAGGUAGAUUCAACGAAACAAACAAAAAAUAUAUUAAAAAGACUCAGAAAUGAACCUGAUUAUUUAUCAUUAAAAAUAAAAUGUACACAAGGAAGUAAGAAACGAAAAAAAGCAACUAAAUUUGCUAAGAAAAAAGGAUAGCAGCACUUGACAAUUUAGUAUUAGAAUAAUUGUUCAGCAAGAACAAAAGAUCCGAGUACAAUUCUUAGUAUUAUUCUGCAUGCGAUACAGGAAUUUUGAAUGGAAAAAUAUUCUACUGUGAUGAAUACAAGAAU